ACAACAACAUUAAAUAUUUUAAUAUUUGUUGUUAUUGCAGUUAAUGUGUGUGUGUGUAUGUUACAUAAAAGUGUUAACGAUUUUUGAAAAUUAAAUACAAAAACAACAACAACAACGACAACUAAAACAAUUCAAUAUUAUAUGUGUAUUUUAGUUUAGUGUGUUUUUGGGGAAUUUCUUUUUUUUUAUUUUUCGAUACGAAAAUCAUUAAAAUAUUUCUUCUUUAAACAUAAUUUUCGUUCAUUAUAUUGGCGCUGCCACUGCUACCGUACCGACUGCUGCUGUAGAUGAGAGCCUGACUUUUUUGUCUGUCUCUAUUGAAUUUGGAUUAUCUAAUUUAUUACAAACCCCAUUAACAAGUGGAUCCUCACUCACAAAAGGACAGAAGGUGACAAAAUUUUAAAAGAAAAUCACAAACUGAAACCAAAUAUUUUUAAAAAUUAAGCCCAAAGAUUUAAACACACAUCAAAACAUUAAAGUCAAUUUCAACAAAAAAAUCAGAAAAAUAUGCUUAAAAUACUAAUUUAAAAAACCAGUAGUCUCCAGAAUAAAAAUAUAGUAAUUUAAGAAAGAAUCUAAUCAAACAAAACAACAACAAGAUGGCCACUAAAACUGUAAUAAAUUGUAUGGAACAUACUAUAGCACAACCCAAUCAAGGAAUUUCUAUAAUAAUUGACCAGCAAAUGGAACAACAUAAUCAAGGUGAUUAUGAAGCAUCCUCCUCAAAUUCAAAAAUUAUAAAAAUACAACAUUCUAAUGAACAAAGUAUGCAACAACAUUUAACAUUAAAUAAUAGAAAUAAUGGAAAAAAUAACAAAACACUAAUUGAUAUUAAGCGUAACGAUGAUGAUGGUCUGCAUUAUGAUCUACAAAAUGCUUUAACUAAAAAUGAGCAUGUUUUACAAAUAAAUUGUACAGCAUCAUCAUCAUCAUCAACAACGACUUCCAAUGAAAUUUCCAGAGAAAUGAAAGAAAUGUUAGAAAAUACAGUGCAACUGGAACAUAACGGAGUUUUAACAGAGAGGGGAAAUUUUGAUGAUCAUAAUAAUGAAGUUCGGAGUAAUGGAGAGCAAAAAAACAUUUUAGCAAACGGUCACUACAAAGCAGAAGAAGAAAACCUUUUAACCAAAUACUCUUCACAAGAAAGAGCAAAAGAGGAAGAUGAUAAAGAAGAAAGUGGCCAAACAGCUAGUCAGCAACAAAAAGCACAAAAACAACAGGUUCAUAAUGCUAGUAAUGGUAACAGUAACAGUAAACAUAGAGAAAAUGGUCAAAACUCUAUUAACAAACAACUCACUACGACUACUGCUACUAGUGAUCAUAAUAAUGAUCAUGCUAAAGAAGAGCACAACAAACAAGAUAAUGAAUUAAAACAACCAAAUAAAUAUGGUGAUCGUGAUGAUGAUCAUACUAAAACUCAAGAUCAUAAUGGAGUAACUAAUAGAGAAGACAAUAAUGAACAAUACGAUGAUGAUGAUAAUAAUAGCAGUAGUAACAGCAGUGGUAUUAGUAGUAGCAGAGACAGUGGUUGUGCUGUGCUUGGUCUGGUUCAGAGAGAAGUUGUAGCAGAUUUUAGUCAUGGUAAACGAUCAUUGUGUGAAGAAAACUCUAACAGUCUUUUAACGAAAGCGGAUGCAUCAACUUCUACGAAAUCAACAACUCUGCUGACCAUAAACGCUCAAAAUAAAGUGUCAAUACCACAAAACGUUGUGAAUAAUUUUGAAAAUUUGUCUAACGAAAAAAAGAAAAUCAAUCACGUGGUCAAAAUACAAAUUAAACCAAAUAUAAUUAAUAAUACUACGGAUAGUAUUAGUAACAGUUUAACAACGACGGAAAAACAAAUAACGGUAGUGAAAAUAGAAAAUUUACAACAACAAGAAUUUGAAAACGUAACAAAAGCACAAACAAACUCAAGCACAAAUACAAGCCAACUAAACAAUAAAGAAAACUUAACAAGUGAAAAUAUUGAAAACAAAGAAAAUCAAAAAGAAAACUCAUUCGAAACGCAGUCACAAUUGAACGAAGCAACAAUAAUGGUGCAAAAACCGUCGAAUAAUUCAAAUGCUACGGUAACGGUAGUUACGUCGAAUAACGCUAAUAUUAACGGUAACGGUAAUUUAAGUAAUGCGUCCGGUACGGUAACAUCUGCUACGGGUUCCUCGGUCACCGAAUUAAAUGUCUCAAAUCCCAAUAAUUAUUUAUACUACAUGAUGUCCAGCGGCCAAUUUUCACCCUGCGAUACCUUGGAUAGUGGUACCGGCAGUGAUUUGGAAAGCAAUGGCCAGCAACAGCAGUCCUCACCCAAUUUACAGUUGAAAAAAUCUUUAAAUUCUUCUUCAGCCUCCACCACAUCUACAAACUCUAACAACUCUUUGGCGCCCUUGGAAUUGCACUUGAAAACCACUAAAAUAAGAGUAGCCAAUUCCAAUUCCAGCAACUCUUUGGAAAUGCAACAAAGACAAUGCUCCUUUACGGAUAGUGAGGAAAGUGAAGCCUCUUCUCUCAGCUGUGACUCUUUACAUUCCAAUGAGUUCUUAAGACAAUCCUCUACUUCACCCAUACAAUUGAAAUCGAAUUCCACAAAUGGUUCAACCAAAAAGAUUCAAUCCUUUUUGCCCGAUUCUUUGUUAAGGGAAAUUAAAAAUCUUAAAUUCUCCUCCAAUGAUUAUGAGGCCGAAAAUGAGGAGGAAGACGAUAUUUUGCCGACUCUCAAGUCGGAAAAUAAAUCUGAAAUGUUUGAAUCCUUAAGCAAUCAAGAUUACAUCAAAUCCCAUGAAUUUAUAGAAUCACGUAAAAAUCUUAACAAUUUACCUACAACCAUAUCGUCCUCUCUGAAGCGAGCUUCUUUACCCUCCAAAACUUUUGUUCUAAAUACCGAAGAUGGCACUUUCAUAGAUACCAAAAUGAAUUCUAUGCCCCGAACUUAUGAAGCUGAUAAAUACUAUAAUUUCCAUGUUAAUGAACAUGAUAAUUUCCGUAGUUUUGGCAAUAAUAAUGGUUCUAUAUUGGGAACAUCUUUGAAUGCUUCAAAUGGUGGUGAUUCUUUGAGUAUUUCUGAAUAUGAGUCUAAGAGUUUACAUGAUGAUGUAUUUGCUGGCUAUAGAGAUUUACGUUGUGGUUCAAAUACUUCAACUAUACGCUCGUCCAAGGGUACAGUGCGUGGUGUCAAGAAUCGUGUGCGCAAUGGAAUAGCCACAUUCUUGCAAUUGCAGCAACCAAAUAUUAAGAAUUACAAAGAAAAAGACUCAGGCAAAGUUGUGUUGUAUACAACAAGUAUGGGAAUCAUACGUGAUACUUAUGCAAAAUGUUCAAAUGUUAAACAAAUCUUAAGAACGCUCCUGGUGAAAUUCGAAGAACGUGAUGUCUUUAUGAGCGUCGAAUAUCAACAAGAAAUCAAAGAACGCAUGCAUUCGGAUGUUAUAAAAGUACCUCAAUUAUAUGUAGAAGGACAGCAUAUUGGUGAUGCCGAUACAGUAGAACGUCUUAAUGAAUCGGGUGAACUGAGACAGUUAUUAAAACCCUACAAGUCAAUAUCAACAACCUACACCUGUCAAACAUGCGGUGGCUAUCGUUUACUACCAUGUCCCUCCUGUAAUGGCUCUAAGAAAUCCGUACAUCGAAACCAUUUCACAGCCGAAUUUGUGGCACUCAAAUGCAUGAAUUGUGACGAGGUGGGCUUGGUAAAAUGUCACAACUGUUAGAAGACCAGACACUAAACACAGUUUGGCAACAGUGACCAACUAAACUGCCACACAAUAGAAGCAUUUGUUAAACAUUGCGACAAUGACAAUGAAGUAAUGUAAUAGCUUGACAGUGUUAAAGUGGGUGACAUAAAAAAUCCGCGUAAAAUUUUAAAUAACUAAUCGUAGUACCCUAAAUGAAGUGUUAGAGAGAAAUAAACCAAGAAGGCGUGUGCAUGUAAUUCUUUUAGCAACAGACAACGACUUUAGACUAGUGAUUAAAUUCUAUAGAAAUUUCUUUUACUUAAAUAAAUUAAAAGGAAAUUUUAUUUUAUAUAUUUGUCUUUAAGCUUGUUUAAAUAAAUAUAUUUUUAUAUAUAUAAACUGUAUGUUUUAAGCUGUAAGUGUGUGUAAUUAGUUAUAAAUUUUAUAAUUAUAUAUAUUUUUUAUUUUAUUAUUAUUUCUUCUUUUAGUCUUUAUAAUUAUUACCUUUAAUUAACCAUUUUAAAUUUUAAGUUUUAAAAAUUGUUGCAAAAAAAAACUAUAUAAAAAAAUGUGCAAUUUUUUUAAUAUAUUAAUAAGAAAAUAUCUUUAUAUAUCUGCUCUUUAACAAAAAAAAUGUAAUUAAAAAAUAAUUUUAUUUCUUAUUUAACAAACAAACAAAUCACAACGAAUCACAGCAACUAUUAACAGCAAACAGUGUAACGAUUGUUAAUUUACCUAAUUAUUCUAGUUAAUCAUAAUAAUAACAUUUAUAUAUAUUUUUUUAAAACUUUUUUUUAAUUUUAUAUAUCAUUUUAUUUUUUUCUUUUUAUAUUUGCAAAUAAAAUCCCAGCAAAAUUUUUGUGUGCCAACCAA